UUAGUUUACGGAAGUUUUCAUCAAGUGGCGGCACUGUGAGACAUGGAUUUGCCAUUUGCUGACUGGAGUUCUUGUUGUUGAAGCGCUUUACGAUUAGAAACAAUGUUUGAAGUAUUUGCAGCACUAUUGCGGUUCAACAGUCUGCUUUUUUUAAAUUAGAAACUGACCUCACAUAUAGUGAUGCUAGCUGAGCAUCAUAGCUAAGAUAACGAUAGCAACAUGGCACAGGUUCCUCCUCCCGGAUCAGUCGUAGUAGCUGACUGGCAUCGAUGUAAGGACAGCAAAGAGUAUUUCAGCAAAAUUCUUCAUAAGAAGAGACGCAAAAACUUUGGUCUGUUGGAAUCUCCUGUGAUGCCCCCACAUGUAGCUGUGGACACGGUUCACUAUAAGAUCUUCAUCUCUGGCAAGAGUGGAGUCGGGAAAACUGCUCUUGCUGCACGUCUUGCAGGCCUGAAUAUUCCUAACGUGCACUAUGAAACCACAGGUAUUGAGACAACAGUGGCGUAUUGGCCAGUGAAGCUGAGAGAAAGUGGCAGAGUGCUUUUCUUCCGUCUGCAGCUGUGGGACUGUGGAGAGAACGCCUUGCGCAGAUUUGACCAUUUGCUCCCAUCCUGUAAGGAGCAGGUGGACGCCGUCCUUUUCCUGUUCUCCUUCACUGACAGGACUUCCUUUGAUGAUCUGUCUAAUCAAAUUGCUAAAUGGACAUCUGUUGGUCGUGUUGUGAAAUUGGUGGUUGGUACCAAAUUUGACCUUUUCAUGCACUGUGAUGUGGCAGAAAGAGAUGUGAGGAACUUCCAGGAGACGUGGAGCUUACCGGUGUUACGUGUGGGCGGGGAGGUCGGUGACGGGCUGGGUGACGUAGCCCCCCUCCUCAACUGCCUGGCAGAGAACCUGUGGCAUCAGGACUGUGUCGCAGCCGGGUCAGCCAGCCACCAUUCACAGCAGGAGACACUGACUGUACUUUGAUACUAAGCAUGACUUCUAGGAGGCAGUUAGAAGUGAACUUGCCUUCAGGUACAGUCACUCCAGGGUAUCUUAUUUUGAGGGACUGCAUUUAGCAGCUGGCUUGGAAGAGCUUCAGAUUCCUCAGGGUGAGAUGGAGAAGGCUGCAGCUGAGAUAAAUGGACCAUUUAAAGAUGCUAUAAUCACCGCUGUGAGGAUGAUUUUCACUGUGAAACGUCUUCAUUUCGCUCAGCUUGUGUCAGCAGGGUGCUAUACUCUGUUAGUAUGAUAAUACGCAUCCAGAUAUCGUCUGGGAUUGUGGUUUUAUUAUGUGAUAAAGCUAGAAUUCUGUCUCUCUACCUUGCGUUUCCUUGUCUUAAAGCCUGUGAGGUACAAAGUAAUCUGUAUUCUUGAAAAAGGAAAAAAAAGGUGUGCAAUUGAAUCAAUCGCUCAAAUAAUCAAUGUUUGGGUUUUUUUUGUCUUCAUGCCAUUAAGUGCCUGUAUUUGAUUACAUAGUUAGCAUAUAUGGUUCUCUCACUUUUGUUUUAAACAGCGCUGCUCCUCUUUUUUUCUUGGCAUCAGUGACCUGUUUGGGAGGCAUUUUUUCUUGUUUUUCAUGGAUUUCUGUUAGUAUCAAAAGAACAUAUAUAUAUAAAAGAGCCAUAAGUCAGUCAAAACAUUGUUCACUUAAAGGUAUUGUGUUAAACAUUGUGUCAGUAUUUCACAGUGAGAAGAUCAGAGGCUGCUUUUUCACAUUGUCUUGUUACUAAGUUUAUUCAGAUUUGUUCCAUUAGGCUGGUUUGAUGGUCAGAAAAUAAAGACAUGACAAUGCUUAAAAAGCAGCCAGUAUUUUAAUACAAGUCAACAAAACAUUCCCAGUAAUUAAAAUCACCCUCUUACACCCCCUGUGCAUCCUGUUAAUUGUGACAAAUUCAGUGCAUGUUUGAAUGUUUCAUGUCGUGUCGUAUGAUGCUCUAAAGUGCCUCUGUCAAGAACAUUAUGAAGUGCAGUUAACUUAAAUUUUAAUUAAUCUUAAAAAUGUAUAUAAUAGUAAUGUGCAAGUUAAAAUGACCCACGUUUGAUGCAUAAAAUCAAAAAGCAUAAUCACGUUUCCAUCACUGUUUAGCUGACAGCGCCUUC